UGCGCUUUUCAGUUCCAGUUUGUGGUCCCGUCUCGCUAGCAGCUGGCGUGCGGCACGACCGCACUUGCCACUCGUUUUACUCAAAAUUAUUCAAUCACUCAUACCCCCGAAAAUUGUGCCGUAUAAUCUCAUGUGCGCCAGCGUACGCGCAGUUGUGUAUUUUGUGUUGUGAUUGAGUUAUCGAACGUCGGCAGCGAGAAUUACAGUUACUUUUGAAAAGAAGUUGUAGAAAACUUAAAUCAAGAUGGCGAUUUUUGGCAUGGCGUCCGCGGUGGCGGGCUUCGUGAAAGUCCGCUACCUGAUCGACAAAGCUGUUAUCGAUAACAUGGUCUUCCGAAUGCACUACAGGAUCACGUCCGCCAUAAUGUUCCUGUGCUGCAUACUUGUGACCGCAAACAAUCUUAUUGGUGACCCAAUAUCCUGCAUCAACGACGGUGUCAUACCGAACCACGUGAUCAACACAUAUUGCUGGAUCACGUACACAUUCACUCUGCCGAACACAGCUUCUAAGGGCAUCUCACAUCCCGGUCUGGGCAACGAAUAUGGAGAAGAGAAAAGGAUCCAUUCGUACUACCAGUGGGUCCCGUUCAUGCUCUUUUUCCAGGGAGUAUUGUUCUACCUCCCUCAUUGGAUUUGGAAGAACUGGGAAGAAGGCAAAGUCCGCAUGAUCUCAGAUGGUAUGCGAGGCACCAUGGCAACGAUUGACGACAGUAGGACUAACCGUCAGAGUCGACUAGUUCAAUAUCUGAUAGACACCAUUCACAUGCACAACACCUACUCUUUUGGUUACUUCUUCUGCGAAGUUUUAAAUUUCGUUAAUGCUGUUGGGAAUAUAUUCUUCUUGGACACAUUCCUCGGUGGCGCAUUCUUGACGUAUGGUACGGAUGUCGUGAAGUUCUCAAAUAUGAAUCAAGAAGAUAGAACCGAUCCUAUGAUUGAAGUAUUCCCAAGAGUCACCAAAUGUACAUUCCACAAAUUCGGAGCUUCUGGAACAAUCCAGAAACACGACUCGCUUUGCGUUCUUGCCCUCAACAUUCUGAAUGAGAAGAUAUUCAUUUUCCUUUGGUUCUGGUUGAUCAUCCUCUCGGUUGUAUCUGGUCUGGCGCUAGUUUACUCAGCUGCUGUCAUACUUCUACCUAGUACACGCGAAACAAUUCUGAAGAGACGCUUCCGAUUUGGUACACCUAACGGUGUCGAAGCCCUAGUUAGAAAGACACAGGUUGGCGACUUCCUUCUCCUGCAUCUACUGGGACAAAAUAUGUCGCUUCGUGUGUUUGGAGAAGUAUUGGACGAAUUAGCGAGGAGACUACACUUCGGUUCGAACCCACCGUCUGCUCCUUCCACCAUCGAAAUGGCCCCGAUUUACCCCGAUAUUGAUAAGUUCUCCAAGGAAACAGAGACGUAAGCAUUCUUGUUGGAGAACAAUACAACCCUGUACUGAAAUCUGUAUAAAACAAAGGCUCAAAUACGUUCCUCGAGUUUAUUACGAAAUUUUAAGUAUUAUCAAGAAAUUCUCAUCGAGAUUCGAAUUUGAGUCUUGGCAGUUAUUGUUCCUACUGGUUGUAUUGUUCUUAUUAUCUGAGCAAGUUGCUAUUAGCAGCUAAAAUGUAAAUUGAUAUUCCCAUUGUGAACGUAUAGCGAACUCAUGACAUUCCUAUUUUUUAUGUAGACAAUGUUUUUAACGAAGCCACAUAUUGCCUUUAAUACGGAAACAAUUGUAAGUGUGAAUGAAUGAAUAUUUUUAUAUGGAAAAUAAUAUGUAAAGUUUUGUGAUUUCGUAAAUGUGUUGUUGCUGUACGAUUGUUUAAAAUCUAAAACAUAUCAGGGUAAUAUUUGUGAAGUACUAUUGAUUGGUGGACUAAAAUACGAUUAAUGUUAUUGUAAAAAAAUACACUUGUUAUGAUAUUAAAAAAGCAGUUCGGCUUAAGGCUGCUCAAUAUUCAAAGGCUGUCAAAAUUUCAAUUUGUUAUUAAGAAUUUAGAACUAUAAAGCUCGUUCACAUGCUUUGUGAUUUUGAUAUGAUUUGAAAGACACAACAAAUUCUUGCAACCUUCAAUCAUAAAUCGAUACGAUUAGAAUAUAACCGCGCGCAAAUUAGCAGUGUAUGAUUUAUUAUUUUAGAAACUUUUUGUAGCAUAUUAAUUUCAAGUGAUGUAUAAAUCCAUGUAUACAUGAGCUAUAUUGUAGGCUAUUGCAUGCUUCUUCUUACUGUUAAUUACCUAACAGAAAAGACAAAAGUCAACGUUCGAGUACAAAGUAGUGUUGUGUACAGACAAUUUGACUAGCCUUAUUGGGUAUUUCUAAAGAUUUAUAUAAUUUUGAUGAUAUUAGGAUAAGUAUAUUGGUGCAAGUGGCAGUGUCAAAUGAUAUUUUUAUACUCGCGUUAUUUACUCCCAACGUUGUGCCAUUAUAUAGAAUGAAUUUUUGGCGUAAAAAGUUUAUAACCAGAAGUGCAUUUUACUAGAACAUCUAUGGAAUGCCCUAACUCAUUUAGGACCAAUUUAUUGUAUGCCUUUUUGUAUUUAGUAUAAGACUUUUCAGUCAAUUUAGCCAUAUUCAUAAUUAUAAGAAUUAUAUGUUAAGUGACUUCCAAGAAUCUCGACAAAUGUUUCUUCCAUAUAAAUAAAGUUAGCAUAAUAAGUUCCCAGUAUAAUACUGUUAUCAUAGAACUAACUCGAUAUUUGGUUAUAUGCGACAAAAUGUACGUAGUCGCAUUUUUUGUUUAUAAUUGGACAAGCUAUAUCUCUCAAUCAUUCCUACUAUAGCUUAUAGUGCUAGGAAGACUGUUCUUGUGAAUUUUUAUUUUACGGUAUUCAAUGUAAUUUUGGUUAUAUUUUCAUUCAAAUAAAGUAUUAAAAUUU